AUGGAAGCUCCCGGAGGCUCGCCGAUCCUACUCCUCCACAACUCCACCAUCGUCACCAUGGACUCCGAGAGCCUCGUCUAUGGCGACUGUGCCGUCGUCAUCGAGCGCAACAGGAUCAAGGCCAUCGGCCGCUUGCCCGACCUCCUCUGCUGGUUCUGCGGCGUCGCCAGCGAAGUCGUCGACCUCCGCGGCCAGAUUCUACUCCCAAGCUUUGUCAACACGCACGUGCACACGUCUCAGCAGCUGGCGCGCGGGAUAGCCAACGACGUCGAUCUGGUGACCUGGCUGCACGACCGAAUAUGGCCUUACGAGGCCAGUAUGACCGAGGAGGACUCCUACGUCUCCACCCUGCUCUGCGGAAUCGAGCUCAUUCACUCCAGUGUAAGUGCGCUGGACUUUGCGGGAUUUUUCGACUCCAGUGUUUCGUUGCGGUUUUCUGGAAUUGCGAUCGGUGGUGAUGCCUUGUCUCACAUCAAAAAGAUGACACUUGCUUUGCUGAGGCAAGAGGGUAGCACGUUCCUGGGAUGGCUAGAGUGGUGCAAUCGAUGGGCUUGCGAGCGUGCUUGGCUCAGUCCGUCAUGGACUCUGGUGAGGGCUUGUCGGCAUCUUGGGCUGUUCGAACUGCCGAGGAUUAUGUGCAAGUUGCUGAACUGA